CCUUGAUCUGCUUGGGAACUCAUCAUACAAUCUUAAUUUCUUAUUUUACUAAUUCUCUUCUCUUGAUCUACAACAGCAAUGGCAGAAAAUGCUGGAGAAGUAUGCCAGUCAAACCUGCCCAAUUUUCUUCUCUCCAUUAGACUCAAAUAUGUAAAACUUGGAUACCAUUACCUAAUAUCAAAUGCAGUUUAUCUCCUCAUCGUUCCAAUUCUUGCUGUUGUCGGAUUUCAUCUUUCAACCUUUACUCUUGAAAACCUAAUGAACCAUCUUGCCGUGUUGAAAUCUUGUUCAACUCUUGUUGUUUUCUUAACGACAGUUUACAUCAUGAGUCGUCCAAGAAAUGUUUACUUAGUCGAUUUUGCAUGUUAUAAGCCACCUCAAUGUUUUAUGACAUGUAAACAAGGUUUCAUAGAAAAAAUGUCCGACAUUUUGGACGAAGAAAGUUUAAAUUUUCUAAAGAAAAUCUCGAAGAGGUCAGGUUUAGGUGAAAAGACUUACGUUCCAGCCGAGUCAAAGAUCCCAUCAAGUGUUCCAAUGAGUACUAAUCAAAAUGAAGCGAAAAUGGUUAUCAUUGGUGCCAUAGACGAUCUAUUGGCGAAAACCGGGGUCAAGGUUCGAGAGAUUGGGAUUGUUAUCGUCAAUUCUAGUGCGUUUAAUCCAACACCAUCUCUUUCUGCAAUGAUUGUCAACCAUUAUAAGCUUGGCGUCAAUGUGAUUACCUAUAACCUCGGCGGCAUGGGCUGCAGUGCUGGACUCAUUUCUGUAGACCUAGCUAACCGGCUUUUACAGGGGCAAGCCAACUCUUAUGCACUUAUAGCAACUACGGAAAUAAUUUCAGCGGGCUUCUAUUCGGGGAAGCUGAAAUCAAAGCUUUUAUCAAAUUGCCUUUUCCGGAUGGGUGCAUCUACUGCUCUUCUGUCAAAUCGUUCCUACGAUCGUAGACGCUCAAAAUAUCAACUGAUGCACGUCGUCCGCACCCAUAAAGGUGCGGAUGACAGAGCAUUCAAUUGUGCCUACCUAGAUGAAGAUGAGGAUGGAAAGAAAGGCAUAUCAUUGUCAAAAGACUUAAUGGCAGUUGUUGGUGAGGCCUUAAAAACCAAUAUCACAACUCUUGGCCCUCUAGUCCUCCCCAUGUCCGAGCAACUCCUCUUUUUAGCUUCCUUAAUCGCGAGAAAAGUCUUUAAAAGGAAAAUAAAACCAUAUAUCCCCGAUUUCAAGAUGGCGUUUGAGCAUUUCUGCAUUCACGCAGGGGGGAGAGCAGUGUUGGACGAACUUGAGAAGAAUCUUGAUCUCCCAGAAGUACUUAUGGAGCCAUCAAGAAUGACUCUUUAUAGGUUUGGAAAUACUUCAAGUAGCUCAGUGUGGUACAAUUUGGCCUACUCCGAAGCCAAAGGGAGGAUAAAGAAGGGUGACAGAGCAUGGCAAAUAGGUUUCGGAUCUGGCUUUAAGUGUAACAGUGUUGUUUGGCGUGCGCUAAGGACUGUCGAUGCAGCCAAGGAAAAGAACGCUUGGACGUAUGAGAUAGAGGAUUUCCCUGUUCGUGUAACCUAUUGAUGCUUUUAUAUAUCUUGUUUAAAUACUAGGUAUAUCCUAAACAGUAAAUAAUGGUCUGUAACUGAAACUAUAAACUCAGUCAAAAUCACUCUAGUAUAUCUGUAUACAGAUUGUGGACCUAAUGUUUGUACAAGUACGUAUCAAAAAUUACAAAAUUGUAAGUCCGAUCGGGCACCAGUAAAAAUUAGAUCAUGA